AAUGGCACGCAAAUCGUCUUCUUCGAAUAUCGCCCCAACAAAGCCGCAGGGUAUACCUUUACUAUUCUAUUCGGACUCGCUGCAUUCUGCCAUCUGAUCUACCUGUUCUGGAAACGAGCCUGGUUCUUCAUCCCCUUCUUUCUUGGCGGCAUUGCCGAAACCUUCGGCUACUACGGCCGCGCCCUCGCAUCAUCUAACCCCACGAAAGUAGGACCUUUCAUCCAGCAAAACCUGCUCAUCCUCGUCGCGACGCCCUUCCUCGCCGCAAGCGUGUACAUGAGUCUCGGACGCAUCAUCACUGCGCUGCAGGCGCAGCAACAUUCCCUCAUCAGCAUCCGGUGGAUGACGAAGAUAUACGUGUUGAUCGACGUCGGGUGUAUCAUCAGCCAGUUCAUCGGCGCGACGUUGCCUGCUUCGGGAGAUCCGGCGUUGAUUGAAAGGGCGAGGAUUAUUCUCCUCGGUGGACUGGUUACGCAGAUUGUGGCUCUGUCGUUGUUUAUAUUAACGUGUUGGCACGUACAUAGGAGGGUUAAGAAGGAUCCUCCGAGUAUACUCGUCAAGAAUCCGGAGGUGAGGUGGGAGAGGCAUUUGAGAGCUAUUGAGGUGAUCACUUUGCUUAUGAUUGUUCGAGGCGUGGUGAGGACAGUUGAGUAUCUGCAGGGAGCUGGCGGCUAUGUGGUUUCGCAUGAGGCAUUUUUGUAUGCUUGUGAUGCUGGCCCGAUGUUUGUUGUUAUGAUCAUUUUCUUGUUGGUUUAUCCGGGGCGGCUUGUCCGU